UAACUACAAGGAAGAAGUGAGAUGACUAUGAUGAUGAUGUCUCUCCCCAAAAUGAAAGUAUCUUCUCUGCAACCUCACCUCCAUUUGAGCAGCCGCAGAUUAUUACCAGCAGCUAAGGUGUCUCCGAGCUCAAGCAUAAGCACCAGGCCAUCAUGCCGCGUUCAGUGCAGAAGAUUAACGGUGGAAAGUAACAGAACCAAGCUUGAAAAGACGCAACCUUUGGGUUUGGAGAAGAAGCAACUGGGACAAGCUUUGGUGACUGGUGUCUCGGUAGGGUUGAUGGUGGCUUUGGUGAUGGGAAUGGACGGAGAAAAGGCGAUGGCUUUGGGUCCAGAAGGUCCUUUGAUGGAAGAGUUUUGGGACAACGUGAGAAGGUACGGUCUUUACGCUCUCACCGUCAGCACCGGAGCUCUCUCUGCUGUCUUUGAGCCCAUUUUCGAGCUACUCAAGAACCCAAUCUCCGCCGUUCUCAUUGUGAUCAUCUUAGGUGGAAGCUUCUAUAUCGUCUCGCAAGUGGUCUCGGCUAUGGUUGGUGUCAACGAGUUCGCUUAUGAUUAUGGAUACUAGAGACUAGAGAGAGUCUGUUUGUUCUGUUUCAUUAAUAAUACUCUGUUAUGGUCAUUGAUACUCUGUUUCUGCAUAGUCUUAUAAUCAAUCAACAUUUUAUUUGACAUAAA